UGGGAAUGACAGCACGCAGAAAGGAAGAUGAACCUUGAUUCUCUGGAGGGCUCGAUCCAGAACCUGCUGUCGGUGCUGUACCCGCCCUUCGAGGCCACCGCCCCCACUAUUCUCAGCCAGCUCUUCCAAAUCAUUGAUAGUCGUUAUCAGGGGGACGCCCUGCGGUGCCUGCUGAACUUUCUGGUCCCAGCCAAGCACAUCUUAGACACUGUGCAGCAGGCUGCAUGUGCUCAGUACUCCGAUGUACUCUUCCUCUGUGAGGGCUGGCCUCUGUGUUUGCGUGACCAAGUUGUUGUUCACCUUGCUCCCAUCAACCCCCUGCUACUUCAGCCUGGCGACUUUUACCUCCAGGUGGCACCAUUUUGUGACCAAUCAGCUCGCAUCGUGGUCUGCAGCCUCCUGGAAGAGGAGGGGCUUAGAGUGGAAGUAGUCGAGGAGACCCCAAUCCCUGAAACUUCCUAUCCUUGUAUAUUCAGCUGUGAGUGGUUAAAGGAGAUCAACCACGGCCGACAUGGGACGCCUCUCAGCCAAUGCCUGCUUGCCACCGAGCAGGGCGUGGUGAGGUUACCGUGGGAACGGGUGGCCGUGCCUGAUUUUGUGGACAAUUCUUCAUCAAAUCAUUCAUUUCCUCUUUCUGCUGCAAAGGAAUCUGCACCAAAACAGUGUAAUGUAACUUCUUCACAUCCAUCUGCCUUCUCUGUGGAGACCAGAAUAUGCCCAGCGAAGCACGGCAUUGCUGUGUCACUCUGCCUGGUGGAUACUAGUGCUGCUUCUUCAUCUAGGCUGGUCAAAGUGAAAGAAACUGACAGAGAGCCUAAGCCUAUAGGCUGGGUGUCCCCAAAUACAUGGGACAGCCGCCAAGUUGCUGCAGAAGGUGAAUAUAUUGAUAUUCUGCAGGCAACUGCGCUUUUUGCUAAAGCUCAGUCAAAAACCGAAAAGCAACAGAAAUUAGAAGAGCAAAUGCAACCACACUCACAAAUCAAAGCACAAAUGCAAAGAUAUCCACAGAGACAAGCACAAAUGCAACCACGUGCACAAAUCAAGUCAUUCAUGGAAACACAAAGGCAGCCAAACACACAUACACCACCUCAAGCACAAUCACAAGCACAUGUACAGUUACCUACAAAACCACAAACACACAGUCAUUCGAGAUCAGAGGCUCCUGUAUCAUCAACGCCCAACAUGUCCGCAGAAACAGGACCUCCUUCUGCUCUCCGCCAUUCCCAAACACAACACACUCAACCUGACUCCCUUGAACUUUCUCAGUGUGUCCGCACUGUCCGGUUCUCAGAGAAACCCUGUACCCCAUGCAUGAGAAGGAGGCAAGGCGGAAAGGUUUCCAGAGCUCAGGAGCUGAGGUGUCGAUACAGGGACUCCUACCAGGCUGCCAUAAAAAACCCUGUCAACUUUGGACAGGAGAAAGAGAGGGGGAAUAUGUUACCUGUGGUGGACGAGGAUGGUGAUUUCUCACAAAGUGAUGACAGACAGAGGCCACUAGGGACCGAAGCAAGGGAUCCAUGGUGUGAUGUUCAAGAAAUGUGGUGUGAUCCUGAGAUCCAAAAGCAGUCUCCUUUCUUUGUCAGCGGAGCCGUCUGUAAGGAGUCAGGAGAAAAAAACACUGUUCCAUGUUGGAACCCAGGAGAUUCAAGCACUGCCCCCUGUAUGGAGUACAGGGGUACAAAUCCUUUAAAAAAUGGUGGGCUACCAGAGCAGGCAACCGAAAAGACCACUAUGCCAUUCAGGGAACCAGGGGAUGCACACUCUGCCAAACCUUAUGGAAAUUUACACAGUGUGAACGGGAAAAAUUCAGCAGCAGGAAUGAGGAUAAACACUAACAGAGAUUUGUCAAGCUCAAGUGAUCCUAAACAGUCGAAUGCGAUGUCUGCCAAACACCAUGGAUUACCAUUUAGUUCAAGUGAAAUUUCAGGGAUGAGCAUGACCCUCAGGCCUCAUGAAAGAAAGAGAACCAAUUCCACUGGGAUGAGUCCAUACUUUUCCAAGUCUCUUACAGCACCACAAAACAGACGAGAAUCCAUGUUGGAUGGAAGAUGUUCGUCCCUCUCAACAGCAGUGGUGGACACCUCAGAGAAGUGUGAACUGGUCAUUGUUGAAGGUCAAAAUGUCAGGAGAAGAGAAAAUACUGUGUCCUGUACAGAAAUUCCCCAGCUACAUGUGGUAAAAUGUAAGAACAGCACAGCCUUUGGACUGGUGUCACCCAAGGUCAGCAGGAAGAAGAUGGUCAUUCCAGAUGGUGCUCAGCCUGGCAGUACAUCCAUAACCAUUAGAUUUGGCCAGACGGAGAACCCGUUGCAGACAGAUCCACCGCUAGCAGCAGAAAUGCAGAAGAUCUCCCACCCUACCUCUGCUCGUCCCAGACCUGACCAUCUCCCCUUGGGAUCCCCAGACCCAAGAGCCCACCCCCUCUAUCUGGGAGUAGCAUCUCUCGCAGGCGGCAGAGACAGGACAGGCAGGGCAAUAGUUGAGCUCUAUGGAGACCACCAAGGAUGGAGAUCAGCUGUAACAAGCCAGGAGCUCUUCCAGAUGCUGCUCUACUUUCACUCGAUCACCAGGAAAGAAAUCAGAGAAUCUGGGAUGACACUCAUUUUUGAUGCAAGGAAGACAAAUCCUCAACCGCAGCUCUACAAGGCCUUGAUGACGCUUCAGGAGCAGAGUCCCCAGACAGUAAACAGUUUGGUGCUGCUGGUGGACAAGGACAGCAGCCUCCGUCCAGAGAGAUGUCCCAGCGUCCAGACUGACGUGGUGACGUCGAUGAAAGCCUUGCUGAAGCUGGUGGAGGGCAGUCAGCUGAGCUCCCGCCUGGAAGGCACACUGUCUCACAGCCACUGUGAUUGGAAGGAGCUGCACCAGAAACUCUUCCCAUUUGUAUCUGAUCUUCAUGAGGCAUCCAGCCUGCUGCUGAGAGCCAUCAGUAAGUUAGAGGAGCCCCAGAGAACGGACACUGUACAGACUGUGCAGCAGUGCAUGAUGGACCAGAGGACUCUGAUGAGGGAUGUCCUGGAGGACAGCAGAUUGGUCAGCCUGCAGAGGGAGGGUGGGGCCAUCCUGGCGAGGCUGAGGAAGGAGAGUGACCUGAAAUACCCCCACUGCGAGGACCUAAGUGAUGCAGUGGACUCGGUGACCAGCCUCUACAACCAUGUGGAGGAGCAGGCUCACGUCCUCGUGCAGAGAUCCAACGUGUCACUAGAACAUUUGGAGUACCUGGUGCAACUCAGAGAGAUGGAGGGACACUUCACCCAGAUGCAGCAAUGGUUUAAUGUAGAAGGAGAGCACCACCUGGUGGAGGCCGAAUCAGUUGAGGACUCUGGAGACAGAAUGGAGCAGAUCCUUAACAGCUUCACUGGUUUCCUUAUUGAAGCUAAUGACCGAAGACACCAUGCCAUGUCGCUUGUGUCAGAGGCAGAGCGGGUCCAGCGGAGCGGGCUCUCCUACCCAGAGACAGAGACAUUCAGGAGUCUUGUCUGCACCUUCAAGUCAGGCCUGGAGGACUUCCUGUGCAGGGCAGAGGCCUGCGGCAGAGAACUGCAGAUCAUGGUCACCGUGUGUGAUUUUUGUGAGCAGGCUGUGGCUCUGGCCAGUGAAUGCACUGAUUACCUGGACCAGAGUCAAACACACACUCAGCCAACACAACACCAAAACCAAGACUCCGGACCGAAGACCACCUCCCUUCGCCAGUCUGAAUUCCCCACAGCACAUGGCUCUGGCCCAACCUCCACCAGUGUUUCACUGUCAGGUAAUGACAGCUCCAUCCUGCAGACUUUCCAAGACAGGUUCUUCCAGUUUAGCCCAGAGAGAUUUCAGGAGGUGAAGGCCCAGGCCAGCGCCCUGCGGGGCUCCAGAGGGAUGCGGGUCUGGAAUGCAGCCUGGCUGAGAUGUCAGGAGGCACGGCAGCAGCUUCAGGAGAGGAUACAGGAUGUGCACGAAGUUUACCGCCAAAAACCAGAUUCCAGCAGCUGGUGUGAAUGUCAUUAUGUGGAUGUGGUGAGCACUAAUAUUCAGACAGCGUCACCCGGUGGCCAGACUCUGGUGGUACAAUCGACCCCCGGGCCUCGGCACCCGCAGUGGGAGGGCAUCGUUUCAGGAGCGGUGGAUUUGGGGAAGAGAAAGCCGAUUCUGGGCAGCAACAUCACUAAUUCAACAAACAUAGCCUGCUGUGACAUCGUCAUCAAACCUGAGGAUCACAGUGGUGCAGGAACCAGCCAGGGGUCAGAGGUCACUCCACAGUCACCUCACAGAUCAGCAAGGAGAACAGAAAGAGAGGCGAGGAGGAGACAGGCGAGCAGAGCGAGGAGUGAGCGAGAUGCCGCUGCUCUGUCUCAAUCCAACACUGUUGGCUGCCAGUGGUUUCCAUGGGGACGAGGUCUCAGAGCGAGGUCGGUGAGCCAAGACUCGUGCACCACAGGAGUAGCGACUGCAGGGUCAUCCACUCCUCCAGAGCAGCGGGUUCGACCGCCGUCAUCCUGCUCUCACCAUGGUCAGCCGUCUUGUCGGAUUCUCAAGGAGGCUCAGAAGUUCCAGAUCUCCCGCCACGGGAGCUUCUGCUCAGAGGAUUCCUGUACGAGCGACCGGGGUGCUGCAGGGGUUAAUAGGACUUGCUGCAAACACUCCAGUCUGCCCAUUGGGAGAUAUGAGGGGGCGUUUUGUUUGGCAAAUCCACAGGAGAGUGCCAGCAAUGCCCUGAGACUGCAACGUGUCCUGGAGGAGCUGGUGUUCACAGAGAGGGAGUACGUCCGCUCGCUGGGCUACAUCCUGACCCACUACCUACCCCUGCUGGACAGACCAGACAUCCCCCAGGACCUGAGGGGCAAGCGAGGCGUCAUCUUCGGCAACCUGGAGAAGCUUGAUGACUUCCACAGCCACUACUUCCUCCCAGAGCUGGAGGCCUGCCAGAGGGAGCCUGCCAUGGUGGCCCGUUGCUUUCUCAGACAUAGUGAGAGUUUUGGCCUGUACGCUCUGUACAGCAAGAACAAACCUCAGUCGGACGCCCUCAUCCUGCACCGUCGCCAUGACAUCUUCAAGAAGAAGCAACAGGAGCUGGGAGACAUGAUGGACCUUUCAUCCUACCUGCUGAGGCCCAUCCAGAGGAUCAGCAAGUACAGCCUCCUGUUGCAGGACAUUUUGGCUCUGGCUGGCUCAUUCAGUGAGAGGGAACGGGAGAGAGCUGACAUCCAGGCGGCUGCAGACCUGGUUCGUUUUCAGAUGCGUCACGGCAACGAUUUGCUCACCAUGGACGCCAUCCAGGACUGUGAUGUGAAUUUAAAAGAGCAGGGCCAGCUGAUUCGCCAGGAUGAGUUCACAGUUUUCUUUAGAAAGAAGAAGUGUGUCCGGCGCAUCUUUCUCUUCGAAGAUCUAAUCCUCUUGAGCAAGACCAAGAGGACUGACGUUGGCAAUGAUGUCUAUGUCUACAAGCAGUCAUUCAAGACAAGCGACAUUGGGAUGACCCAUAACUCUGGUGUGAGUGGACUGUGUUUUGAGAUCUGGUUCCGCAGGAGGAAGAGCGAGGACACCUACACCCUGAAGGCCUCGAACAUGGAGGUGAAGAAAGCCUGGACCACCGACCUAGAGAGGAUCCUUUGGGAUCAGGCCACUCACAGUAGAGAGCUACGUAUGCAGGAGAGGGUGUUCAUGGGAAUGGGCCGCAAACCUUUCAUGGACAUUCAACCCAGUGAUGCUGCAAUCAGUGACCGAGCCGUCAGCUGUGUCCUGCCUGGGAGAACCCCUGUGGCCUGCUGUUCACACAGGGUCUUAGACUAUCCACGACCACAGUCUAUUGGCUCUGGCAGCACAGCCUCCACCACCCUCAGCCAGUCAUCUUCCUCGUCUGGCCGUGGCUCGCUGCCCCCUGCUGGAUAUGCCGGUAACCAGUCGCAGGGAGUGGAGACCAGUCCUGCCGUCUGCCCCUCCCCUGAGGCUGUGACUGAAAAUGAACUCAACAAUCAUCAUCUUCAUCAGCACCAUCUUCAUCGUGAACAGUGGAAAACUCAUCAUCCUCUGACGGACAGCGCUGAAUCAUCUGGGGAAUCCAUCAACGUCCUCAGCAGCUCAGACCACAGCUGUCUGUCUGCCAUUAGUGGAGAGGUAGUGGACGACUCCUCCUCGUUUGUAUCCCAGAGUUCAAAGCUCCGCCCACCGCCGUGUCGGACCCCCACCUUGAGGAGAAACAGCUCACCAGUGAUUUUCAGGAAGAAACCGGGUGUCGAACCCAGACCUCAACAUCUGGCUAACACUCCGGUACAGAGUGAUGAAAUUAUGAUUGCAAAAUCAACAGAAGUUUAACCCUGGAUCCCUUCAGAAGAUUAUCGGUCAACUGAAGCUGUCCAGUCCGAUUGGAGAUCUUCUGGUUGCCCUGCAGACAGACGGUUUAUCUGAGUGGAAAACUUGUGUGGCAACACAGUCACGAGGCACUCAGCUUUGUCUGGUGACAAGGCCUGGUUAUUGCAAUAAUAUGCAGUAUUAACCCACAAAUACAGAAUAAGUGCCUUUGUUCACAAUGUGCUAUUUGAUUCUUUGCUCCAGCAGAAUCGUCUUCAUCCCCAACGAUGUUUUUAUUAUAAUAUAGACCCAAGCAUCAGCUGCUACCGUGACAAUGCAUUAAACAUGUUAUGAAGAACAUAGUUUUUCGAUGUCCUGAGCAUAAGUAGCUCAACCUGGGAAUCGAUAUUAAUUUAUUAGCCGCUACACAUAAAAUCACCAACAAAAAAAUGGUUCAACCUCAUAAAAAAGAAGCUGUUUUUUAUUUUUUUUCUGAUUGUUUUCAGUGAACUAACUAUGUGUUUUUAUGUGUUUAGCUGUCUCUCUUGUCAGAUUUGCCCACAUGCUCAUGCCACAUGUUUGCUGACUAUACUGUUAAUGGGAGUGAGACAUGCUCUUUCGUAUACAUUCAGUAAUAAGUAGCAGGUAUCUGUCUCAUGCUACAGUAAAACAGGAUGAUAUUUUAUGUGGUCAGGGGAUACAUUUUUAAUGUAUGUUAUUGGAUCUUCUGUGCUGUACAGCCUGUACAAUUAUUGAUAUGCAGGGAUCAAAGAAGAGAUGGUUGUAUUUACUAUUGUAAUGGAAAUCAAUAGCUUGUGUGGGACAGACACAGGAACCAGCAUCUGUAUUUGAGAGAAAACCACACAUGUCGGGGACCACUUCAGACAUGAGAGAAAAGUUAAGUCUCUCUUUGUGUUACAUGCUCCUUUUCAUUUGCUAGCAGGCAAGGCGUCUCUUAAGAAGCGAUUGUAUCAGUAUUCUCUUGGCAGCUGGACUACAUUGUUUUUGAUUACGAGAUUAUAAGGCAAACUUAAUGGUGUCCAAGAUACAGCUCAUUCCCAGAGCUAUCCACUGGCCAUGAGCCCAGGACUAGCUGCAGACCCAGACUUCAAGUUGAUGACUAUAAAUGGAGAAGCAUGGAUACACACACAGAAAUGGAAUGGUAAAAACAAUUUGAUUGAUUAAUAUACAGUAUGAUCAUGAAUUAAUAUAUAAAGAUAUUUCUACUUUUGGGCCAUUUUUAUAUCACUGCUGUCUUUCUGAAUAUUUGUUUUUAUCUGUCUGACUCUGAGAUUCUUACAGUAGUUCUGUAUUUAAUCUACUAUCAGGAGGGACAGACCACUUGCUAAUGUGUUUUCACAUCUGGAUUUGAAGUACUCUGUAACUGCUUCAUUUAAUGCAGAGAAAAAGGAUCUUGAGAGACUGGGCUGUUUACGUUAUUACAGUAUAAUCUAAAUCAAAGAAGCAACACAUCUCCUGCAUACUAAAAGACAAAAUAAGACAGCAUGCUUUCAGGGAAAAAAUCACUCCCUGUUGUUUAGGGUCCAUUAGUGGUUCCAUUCUCAUCAAUGGUCCAGCUUCAACCACAUGGAAAUGACCAUUACAAAA